GUCGAUGUUCAGCGAUAUAUUUACGGAUUCUGAUCUAACACAAUUAAGGUUAUGUCUGGCGCUACUCUCGCGAAAGUCGAAACACGUAGACAAAAACAGCUGCAGAACGCUAACGUCUGAACAAAGUAUUGCUACUUAGUGCAAUGGCAUCUUUUUUAAGAGAAGUGUUUGUUGAAGGUGAAAAAAAUAAUGGUGAACUCACUGAAAAAAUUCAAUCAAUAAAAAAGGAAACAACAAGAUUGAAGUCCACUAUAGACAAAUUGAUGAAAGAAAAAUACAUUGAACUCGAACCAUAUCUUAAACCAGAUGAAAUUUUGGUUGAUAAAAGUGAAAAACUUGUCAGCCAGAUGAUAGUAUUGCAAAAUAAAAUUGAAAAUGAGGUAAAAGUCAAAUUAUGUUCAUCCUCUAAAGAAUUGCAAAACUUAUCACUUGAGUUGAAAGAGUAUAAUUACAGUCUUUUAUUAUCCAGCCAACUACUAGAAAUACAUAAGUGCUUUGAAUCUAUUAAAAAGUAUAAAGAUGUAGAAGAGCAGCGAUGUACAACAGCAGCAAUAACUUUGAUAAAACUGUACAGUCUUGUCAUGGAAAAAAACUCUGAUAUUCAGCAAUUGUAUAUUUAUAAUGCUAUAAAGGAUGAAUAUCACAGAGUUUAUGAUAGUUUUAUUGAGGAUAUAACAACAUUAUGGCAAGAGAAAGUUUGUUGGAAUAAUAAGAAUGAGGGAAAUAGUGAGUUAAGUAUUAAGUGUGAACUUGAUGAAUUAACAGAUAUCGUUAAAGCAUUGCACCACAUGAACAGAUUAAUAAAGUGCAUGGACAUAUUAUCCUCAAAAUUAUUACAACAUUUCAUAAAUCCAAUCAUUCAUAGUGACUGUUUUGUCCAAAGCACAAAUACAACAUUUUCUGUAGAGAUUUUAAACAAGAAAAGAGCUCCAAAAUAUAAAGCUGUUCUAGAUAAUCUAAAAUUACUUUUUCAGUAUUUAUAUGAACAUUUUGAUGUUUUAAUCAAGGAUGAAGAACACUUUUUGACUAAACUAUCUCAAUCAAUGUUCAAAGAAUUUUCAUGUAAUCUUACUAAUGAUUGUAUUUCUAAAGUAAUUCCAACAUCAACAGCAGAAUUGGAAACUUUUCAAUAUACUGUUUCUGAAAUUGAAGAAUUUCAAAAUUAUUUAGUCAAAAUUAAAUUCAUAGAUGAAAAUGAAAAAUUCUUAUCAAAGUACACAAGUAACAUAGAUGAUUUAUACAUUGAUAAAAAGUGUGAAAAGCUGUUAGAAAUGGCCCGAAUUAUAAUGAAAAAAGAUCUUCAUGAUUCUUUUCGUUACAAGCCAGAAGAUAUACUAAAUUUUCCUAAUCUUGAGGGUGACUUUGAAUGUGGUAAUAAGGUUAUAGAUAGAAAAUUAAGUAGGUACACUUUCCAACUGCCAGAAUGCCAAAUAAGUAAAAGUGCUAGAGAAAUAUUGCAGUUAGUGGAAGACAUUUUACAAGAAGCAUCUAAUAUAUCCAGUCGAUAUGUUUUAAGGCUUUUCUAUACAACUAGAAAUAUAUUUGAAAUGUAUGCAGCCUUAAUUCCUGAAAUACAUAAAUCCUUUUUGGAAACAAUACCGCAACAAGUUGCUCUGUUUCAUAACAGUUGCAUGUAUUUAGCACAUCAUUUGUUGACACUGGCACAAAAAUACAAAUCUAUAAAAUCAGUAACAUCUCAAAAUUUCUCUCUAAUUUAUGUCGAUCAAACGCUAUUACUUAGACAAGUAGGCUCUGAAUAUUUUUUGAACCAUAUGAAGUAUCAGAGAGAUAUUAUUUUUGAAAUUUUACGUGAGGCAGGUUUAUCUUCAAUUGGCCAAAUGCCUCAAUUACCAGUAACAACAGAAAGAGCACUAAGACAAUGUAUAAGACAAUUAGAACUUUUAAAAACUGUAUGGAUAGAAAUUCUACCAAUCAAAGUAUAUUGCAGAGCUCUUGGUUGUAUAGUCAAUGAUAUGGUAGAUGACAUUUGUACUAAAAUAAUAAACAUAGAAGAUAUUCCAGCUGAUAUUGCAUCUGAAUUGGUUUCAUUGUUUGAUACAGUUGUAAAAAGAAUACCACAGAUUUUUCCAGAACCUGCAUUGAUUGAAUAUCAUGUCCAAAAGUGGAGGAAGUUGAAGGAACUGAUUAUAUUAUUGGGAGCAUCUUUGAAGGAAAUCGAAGACAGGUGGGCUGAUGGCAAAGGUCCUCUGGCAAAUGAGUUCACGCCUCAUCAUAUUAAACAGCUAAUUAGAGCUCUUUUUCAAAAUACAGAAAGAAGAUCUAAUUUGCUGGUCAAAAUUAAAGAAAAAUAAU